ACGUUCAUUGCAUAUCCCACUGCCAAAACGUAACAAACAGCUGAUUUUGACUAUUAAGAAAUUUUGUACAAUUUUGCUCUAACCGAAGACGGUUUGUAUUUUGGCUGCAAAUUUAAUAAUAAUUUAAAUUUAAAAUGUUAAAUGUAGCCAGGAUUGCUCUACGCAGUGUCGCUACAAGUUCUCGCCUAAGUGUAACCCCACUUUUUAGUGCCACACCAAUGCGACGACAAUUUAGUACACCGGCCCAAACCAAGGAGGAUGAACCCAUCGAUAUACCCAACCCUUUCGAGAAGGACCGUCGAGUGUGCAUUCUUUGUAAGCACAACAUAGUGCCGAACUAUAAAAACGUAAAACUUCUCUCUCAGUUCCAGUCUCCAUACACGGGACGUAUAUACGGGCGGCACAUAACUGGCUUAUGUAAACAAAAGCAGGAACAAGUAGAAAAAGCAAUUAUACGUGCCCAGAAUUGCGCCCUUAUGCCGAGUUAUCACAAAGACAUGGACUUUUUGCAAGAUCCACGCCUAUUUGAUCCCGAGAGACCGAUACGUCCCCAUAAAUACUAGACUAGUUUUUUAGUCUCACAUCUUCCAAAUAAGAAAUCGGUUUUAUUUAUAUUUAAUUAGGGUAGAAAUAAACAUUUAUUAUCUGCUAAAUGAAA